GCGGGACCAAGCGGACGCGCGUUCACGUCCUUCUAGGCGCGCUCCCGUGCCGCCACUGCCGCGUCUCGUUCAGCAGAGCCAGUACAGCAGCUCGCGCUCGCUGUGUAAAGUUGAGCCUCUCCGGCAGUGUCGUGCUGUUUCCUGCUGUCAGUUUUCUCUCCGCUCCAACAUGCGUCUCCUCCCGCAGACACUAUGGGAUUUAUCCGCUCUGAGUGGAAACUAACCGCAGGCUCUGCUGCUGCUUGUGUCCGUGUUCUUCUCUCCUUCAGCCGGGGAAGCCCUGCAGCGCGACUCUGAGCGUUUUUAUCGACACCGUGCCGCUCUCCCCCCUUUAAUUUGUUGUUUCCUUCCGCUUCAUUUAUGGACCACAGAAGCUCCGAGUGAGAGCGUUUGUAAUUUCCGUUCACACAGUUGAAGAUGGAGACGGUGAUGGAGAGGGAGUGCAGCGCGCUGGGGGGGCUUUUCCAGACUGUCAUAGGAGACAUGAAGGGCAGUUACCCUGUCUGGGAUGACUUCAUCAGCAAGGCCAGCAAGCUACAAUCACAGCUCAGGUCGACGGUUGUCGCGGUUGCAGCUUUCCUGGAUGCCUUUCAGAAGGUGGCCGACCUCGCCACCAACAGCCGAGGAGGAACCAGAGACAUCGGUUCAGCCCUCACCAGGAUGUGCAUGAGGCACCGCAGCAUUGAGGCCAAACUCCGCCAGUUCUCCAUGGUGUUUCUGGACUGUCUGAUCAACCCUCUACAGGAGCAGAUGGAGGAGUGGAAGAGAGUAGCCAACACUCUGGACAAAGACCACGCCAAAGAGUACAAGAAGGCCCGUCAGGAGAUCAAGAAGAGAUCUUCAGACACUCUGAAGCUGCAGAAGAAAGCAAAGAAAGCUGAUGUAUUUGGCCGUGGGGACCUCCAGCCUCAGCUGGACAGCGCCAUGCAGGACGUCAGUGAUAAAUACCUGCUGCUGGAGGACACGGAGAAGCAGGCGGUGAGGAAGGCGCUGGUGGAGGAGAGGAGUCGCUUCUGCUGCUUCGUCUCCAUGCUGAAGCCGGUCGUGGAGGAGGAGAUGUCCAUGCUGGGGGAGAUCACACACCUGCAGACUCUGACCGACGACUUGAAGACUCUGACUAUGGACCCACACAAGCUGCCCACCUCCAGCGAGCAGGUAAUUGUAGACUUAAAGGCCUCUGAGUGCACCUGGUCCUACCAAACUCCGCCCUCGUCACCGAGCACCACUGUAUCCAGGAAGUCCAGCAUGUGCAGCAGCCUGAACAGUGUGAACAGCAGCGACUCUCGCUCCAGCGGCUCACACUGCCACUCCCCCACCUCCCAUUUCCGUUACCGUGCCUCCUCCUCCUCCUCCUCCUCGGUGCUCCCCCAGCAGACGCCGGCCCGCCUCUCCUCGGUCUCCUCCCACGACUCUGGCUUCAUCUCCCAGGACGCCUUCCAGUCCAAAUCCCCUUCCCCCAUGCCUCCAGAAAGCUUACAGGACUGGGCCAAACCGGGCCCUUAUGACCAGUCAAUGGUCAACACCCUGAAGAGAAGCAAGGACAGGAGAGAGACUACAGAUCCCAGCAGCCACCACGGCGCUGACGUCACCACACUAGGAGAGGAACAACAGGGGGUUAAAGGAAGCCACUCUGUGACAUCAGCCAAGGAGGAGAGGGAGGCCCACGAGGAGCUGGCCCGGGCGCUGGCCCGAGGCCUCCAGCUGGACAUCCACGGCUCCAGCAGAGACUCCCUGCAGGGCUCCAGCGGCUACAGCAGCCAGACCAACACACCCUGCUGCUCAGAGGACACCAUCCCCUCCCAGGUGUCAGACUGUGACUACUACUCCGUGGGAGCGGAUCAGGAAGGCGAGCAUCAGCAGUCAUCAGACUUUGAUAAGUCCUCCACCAUCCCCAGAAACAGCGACAUCAGUCAGUCUUACCGCCGCUUGUUCCAGUCCAAACGUCCGGCCUCUACCGCUGGACUGCCGUCCAACGCCUCUGCCAUCAUCACUCCGGGAGUUGCCACCAUCCGGCGAACGCCGUCCUCCAAACCAAACCUGCGACGGCCAUCCGGGGGCCUUAGCUUGGGCCCCAUCCCCAUCAAGCCUCCCAUGAUCCCAGUCAAGACCCCCACUGUGCCUGAACAUCUUGGUUUCCCCAGCAGGUCAGCAUCAGAGGACGGCAACACACCACGAACCCCGCUCAGCCCCCCGACCACCCCUCUGUCACCAGGCAGCAGCGGGCCACUGUCAGCAAGGUCCAGCUCCUGGGAGACCCAGCACCUGAGCGAGGGGUCGGAUCCUCCUACUCCACCACCGCAGCCCAGUGGUCGGGUGUCAGAGUGGGAGCGCCGGCCUCUCCCGGAGCUCCUGGAGGAGACAGAAUAUAGCGAGGUGGAGGAUUUUCUGGUGGCUAUCCGACGAGGCGUCAGGCUCAAGAGGACGUCGACCAAUGACCGAUCAGCGCCAAGUAUUUACUGAGACUAGAAGGGUUGGUUUAACUUGAGCCAUUUUGCGUCCCUGGCUGCAUUUCAGAAAAUAUGCUCUUAGUGGGACACAAAAUGGUUAUUAACAAGUAAAUGCGAUGGAGAGCUUUGACAUGAAAUGGACGCUGAGGAUAGGAGGAAGUUGCCCGGAGACUCUGAUCAAGGAUCAGUUUAGAAAAGACCUAACACAACUUUGAAGGGAUAAUUGUACAUAUAGUUUGGAAAUAUAUUUGCUGAACUGAUACAAUCGAAAGGGAAAGUAAUGUGGGUAAAAGGUAGAAGUUCCUUGUCCAUAUUUUGAAUUUAUAAAACAACAAUGUUUAUCUUUCAUAAAGUAUUAACGGACAAGGGUCAAUCAUUUCCCCACAUUGACACAUUGACUUGUUUGGGAAACUGACUGAAGCACUUCUCCCUUUAAAAAGAAACCUGCAGCCUCUUGCAAGUUAAAAACAUGUCAGUGUUGCACUCGACUAACUGAGGAAGCUACUGGGAACACUGGUGCUGAUCCGAGAUCAGUUCCCCUGGGCAACUUCAGUAUAUAAGAGAAAAGGUGUGAAAGGACGUCCCUUGUCGAACAAGUUGUACAAGGUCACUCUUGUAGCAGAAAUGACUUAAAUGAAACAUAAUUGUUAGUGCGUGUCGUGGGGGGGAAGUAAUGACAAUAGAUGAAGGGAAAGAUUCUGGAAUCGAUAACAGUGAGCUGGGAGGAGAGAUGGAAGAUUUUGAAAAGAUCAAAUCAUUAUUUGUAUGUACAUAUUUAUAUUUUGAUGUGUUUCUAUAUUUUUGUUUGUUAUACGCUGCUUUUACAUCCCCGUAGUCUCCCAUUUCCACGUGAAGGUGCCAAAGCCCUGUGAGCUGAAUUUAACUUAAAAUAAUGUCUAUUUAAUUAAAAUGAUGAGGUUUUCUUUUUCUGUACAACAUCCAUGCGAUGUUUGAUAGAGAGCAAAGAGCGACUAAAAGAGAAAUUAAGCUUCUAGGCAAACAGAAAGAGUAUUUGUAUAUGUUAGGGGGUGGCAUGUAUCCAUUCACAGCUAAGUCGGUACACUUAUUAAUACCACAAUCAGUAGAUUGACCUGCAUGAUCUUAAAGUUUGCCCCAGUAUCAACAAUCAUUUUGGCUUUUUAAUGUAUAAGCCCACAAUAUACCAGCAGUGGAUAUUAAGAGUGUCAGGAGUAGCAGAUCAGGAACUGCAGGUUGUUACAACGUGCUAGAUUAAGUCUGCUGUUGGCUGUACGAAACAAUGUCCUGUUUGAUAUUAGGUCACUAUUUAUUUAUUUCAUCUUUUUGUAAUUAGUUUUUUAUUGUUGAAUCUUUUUUUUUUUUUUACAGCAUUUAUGUUCUGUAAAGCACUUUCAAUGUUUAGAAAAAAUUCUAAAAAUGGACAAAAAAUCCAAACAAUGACAGUAAUGAUAAGUAUUGUUAAGUACUGCUGCAGACAGACAUGAUCCGUCACUUUGUUGGCCUCCAGGUUCACUGACCCCUCUGUCCCUGUUCGCUGUUCAACCUUUAACAUGUUGCUAAUCUACCAACUACGUAGAAACCGUGUGCAAGCAUACACUUCCAAGUCCAUGGUAGUAAUAGAGGUUGUUACUACUUAGCUAUCGUAAUUGGAGUAAUGUGGAUUAUUGUAUUGGUCUGUUGUAGUGAAGCCAGUGUGCUGAUGGUGAGUUGUAUUUAAUUGGCACAGAUGUUAACAGUUGUGGACGAGUCAAAGUUUCAGUAUUGGGAAAGUGUGCUGCAGUUAUCUGGAUUGUAUUAUUUUAAUGUAUAUAUAUAAAUAUAUAUAUAAAGCCUCUGGUUCCAGCUUCUGGCAAAGGUCAAAGGUUUUCCUAGUGGAGGAAGGACCUCCCAACAGUUUCAGGUGAGGCUCAGUGGAUGGAACAUUACGUUGUCCCAAGAAGAUCAAAUAGAAAAGUAUAAAUGUGUGUGUUUUGGUUAAAGAGAUACAGAGAUGUUCAUCUCAGUGUCAGACUUUGAAAACCUCUGCCUUAAGUGAUACCAACCUAAAUAUCUUUAGGCUUUGGACAAAUAUGCAUUUUCUGAUGACGAUUGAGAAAACAAAUGGCAGAUUAAUCGAUCAGGAAAAUACUAUUAGUUCUACUAAAAUUAAAAUCCAGUGACUGUUAGUUCACUGUCCCAAUACUGGCACCACUACUAAGUGUAUUUGUUUGGGAAGGGAACAGGUGGGCUGUAUUAGCUGGACUCUAUCUUGCUUUAGUCCUAAACUGUCUGUGCUUACUACAGCCAUCAAACAACUGCCCGCUAUAGAGAGUUCCAGGUGGUUUAACCAGCGGCAGCCAUGUUGGAGGUCUUUAGCUCUCUAGUUACAUUUGGUUGUCUCAACAGAAUUCAAAGGACAUUUAACCAUUUUUCAAUUUUGAUGCUAUCACAUUUAAGCUAACAAUUAGCAAUAAGGUUUUUCAGCUAGCGAAGAGCUAAAUCUCAACUACAUAGUCCUCCAUCAUGGCGCCAGAGGAGGCGGAUAGAUUAGUGACCCAACUGAAACCCUCUAUUCGCUGCGAUGAAACAGACGGUUACAAGAGAACAAGAGAAUUGCUGUGCACUGAUAUUCAUGUACAACUACGACAAAUAUAUAAACCUGUAACUUUAGCUUGUAAUUACUAAUUGUCGAAUAGCCCGAUGAGUUAAAAAUUGAACUUGUGUUUGCGGGUAAUUAGCGUAACAUGCUGAAUUAGACGUCAUUGGACUUCCCUUUUGCUACUAAAUAAUUACUGUUAAUAGACUGUCAUCACAAGUCAAAUUAUUCACAUAUUUAUUCAUUUAAAUGUUUUCACCCAUUUUAUUUGUGGCUUCACACGUUUCUAAACUCCAAACUGUCAUGUUGAGCAUAUGAAACAUAUUAACAAAUAUAUUUAAUAUGCAUGUCUUUUUUUAGUUGAACAAAAGAUUUCUACUGGAACUAUUUUUUUCCCCUUCUACUAGACCAGAAUGCAUUUUAGAGGCUGUCUAGCAUCUGUCAUUAAUAUUUCAGAUUUGGUUUGACAGCAGUUUGACUCUCUGUAUGAAGCCUGAAGCCUGACUGAAGCCUGACUGAAGCCUGACUGAAGCCUGACUGAAGCCUGACUGAAGCCUGACUGAAGCCUGACUGAAGCCUUGACUGAAGCCUUGACUGA